GGCUGAUAAUAUCACGGGACGCACUGACGAACAUGACCGUGUUCCCGACACGCGCGGCCCUACGCAUGUUGGCCGUGCUGCUGCUGGCGACCGGCCCGCUCCGAAGCAACGCCCGUUGGAGCUCGCGUAGCAAGUCUCAGAAAUCCCCUCACCCCACAUCCCGGACGCCGUCUGUGCGCGCCUCUGCGGCCUUGGGCGCCCGCCGGCCCACCACCUCGGGUUCCAGGCCUGGGUCCAAAACCCGACCCUCCUCCACCGCCUCCUCCUCCUCCUCCUCCUCCUCCUCCUCCUCCUCCUCCUCCUCCUCCUCCUCCUCCUCCUCCUCCUCCUCCUCCUCCUCCUCCUCCUCCUCCUCCUCCUCCUCCUCCUCCUCCUCCUCCUCCUUGUCAUCACCAUCAUCAUCGUCGGCAGCAGCAGUAGCAGCCCCCAGGCCACUGCCACGAGAUGAGGACCUGGUGAUGGUACUGCCCACGGCGCCGCACCGGCUGGAGCUGGCCCACACCAGCGCCCGGGCCGGCCGCGGCUUGACGCACGUGGGCGCCGCCGCCACCCCCGUGCGGGCGGUGUACCUGCUCAACGACUCCAGGCUGGCUGCCGAGCUGCAGCACACCUACGGCCGCAGCCACAACGAGACCUACCUGGCCUGGCCCGACCGGCCGGACAGGCGGCGGCCGGGGGAUGCGCGGGUGGCGCUGGCGCCGUGGCUGGCGGCGGGGGAGCUCAAGUACUCGUUCAAGUGGAUGCUGUUUGGCGACGACGACACGCUGUUCUUCCUGGACGGAGUGAAGGACGUGCUGCGUGACUACGACCCCGAGCUGCCCUACGUCAUCACUGACUCGUUCUGGCACCGCGACAAGCAAUACAUGCAGGAGGCCCCGCGCUGCCUGCCCUGCCACGUCACCCCGGCCUACCGCGCCUGGGCCGCAGACCGACCAGACCACCACGUGCCCCGCCUGAGGCCGGGCCAGACCCACGCCACGUUUGCGGCGCCGCCCGUGCCGCCCGCGGGCUGCCCCUGCACCCCCGACCUGGCGUGUGCCUACACGCUCAACGUCAGCACGGAGAUAUCCGAUGAAGACAAGGUCUCCAAGGAGCCGGUGGCUUGGUCCGGCGACAGCAGGCGGUGGGGCCUGCCAAGCGACUUCCCGGGGUCGCCGUGUGACUACAGCAUAUUCCACGGGGGCUCGGGGGUGCUCAUCUCUGUUGCAGCCUUGCGCCUGGUGUCAUUCGACCAGGCUCUGGCGUGUAUGUACGACUUCCCGGCAAACACCUCCUCCGCCCCCGGCUCCUUCAAGGCUAUGGCGCACGGCGACCGCCUGACCUCCCGCUGCUUCUGGCAGCACGGCCUGGCGAUCACCGACCCCGGACUGGCGCUGACCAAACACCGCCUGUCGGCAUACGUGGGUCGCGCCAUGGACAGCGACAGCGCCAACCGCCACGCGCUGGAGCGAGCGCUGGAGCAGCAGCUGGGGCCGGAGUGGCUGUGGUCCAUACUACACAUGGUGGCGGCGCACGUACGGCACUCCAACGUGUCAACCGCCACCAUGCGGCGCAUGGCAGCUCUGUACGGCGGCGCCCGCCACAGGGCGGCUGCGGCGCUGGAGGCGGCGGGGCUGUCGGCACGGGGCGAACUGGAUGCCCACACCGCGGCCACGCGUGCCGAGCUGGAGCGGCUGCUGCCGCAGGAGGCCUGGGUGGCGGCGGCGAGUGGGUUGCUGGCUCCCACGGUGUCGGCGGCGGCGGCUAGAGGGAGAGCAAAGGCGGAGGCAGCAAUAGCAAAGGCAGGAGGACGCGGCGGCUUGGAAAGAGGCGCCGUGGAGAAUGGAGGUGGGGCCGCGAUGGAGGAGGUGGGGAGAGGAGGAGUGGGUGAGGAAGAUGAGGGUGCAGAGGGUGGGGAGGGUUAGUUGGAGGAGCCUAGGCUAGUACCGGAGCGGCUGUAGCGGAAGCAGUGUGGGCUGGUCGGCUCCGCACCUGCUGCUCCUGCUGCUGCCAAGCUUACAACGCAAGUUCGAUGGUGCUGAGGAGGGAGCGGGCAUGCAUCUGAUGGAUGUCGAGGUGUUGCACUAGCAAGCGCCCUUGUAGUAUAACAAUGCAUGAGGUUGGAUAGAGACUGGGGAAGCAAGUUGUGGCCCCGGGCUGAUGAGGCCGCAAGUACGGCGACACUGGCUAGAUAGGACAUGGGCGGCCUGGCUCAUCCGGGCUCAUGUUAGUUGGAGGCGCAUCGUGCGGGCGCAUGCUAGAUGCCUGAUCAGUCGU